ACGAAGCGGGAAGCGGCGGGACAGCGCUCCGGAAGCUUGGGCUUCCUCUGCUCGCACCUGGGUCGCGCCUGAAUCGUCUUGGUAGCAAUGCACGCGGCCGCAGCAGGCGAAACGGACAACCUGAUGGGCGCUCGCGAGGUGAGACUCAAGAACAUCAGAUUGAACCAUUCUAUCCGCCUGUAUGCUCCGCGCCGGCACCCAAUCGCCGGAGCGUCACUAAGCGAGCCGCCGGCGCCGCCAGCGCCGUCGCCGCGACCGCAGCUAACAGCAGCGCGGCACCCGCACGCGCAGCAGCAAGGGGCGGCGGCGGCCGCGGUGGCGGUUGCGCCACCAGACCCGGAGGUAGCAGCAGAGCCGGCGACGCCAGCCGGCGGCCUGGCAACACCGCCCUUUGGCGGCAGUAGCAGCAGCAGGCAUGUUCCUUUUUAUGCCGGCGGUAGCGGCAGUGGCAGCGGCGGCGGCGGCAGCGGCAUCGGCGGCAGCGGCAGCAGCAGCGGCAUCGGUGGCGGCGGCGGCGGCAGCGGCAGCAGCGGCAGCGGCAGCGGCAGCGCCAGCAGGAGGGGCGGCGGCGGUGGCGGCGGUGGCGGCGGUAGCCUGGUGGCGGCUGGUGCAGGUGGUGGUGAUGGUGAUGGCGGCGGUGGUGGUGGCUUCGGUGCCGGCGCCGCUGGCGGCGCAGGAGGAGGCGGUGAGGCGCAUGGCGGCGGCGGAGGCGCCGCCGCCGCCGGGCUGACGGCGCCGCCGCCGCCGCCGCCGGGGGCAGUGGCGCCAGAGGCGCCGCCGUCAGGCGGUGGACACGAUGGUGGUGGAGGUGGUGGUGGUGGCGUGACGUCGGGGCGGCGGCAGCAGCGGCCGCUGCCGCGGCGGCUGGCGGCGGCGCUGCUGCGGCCGCUGGUGGCUUGGGAAGUGCAGCAGCGGCGGCGAGGGCAGCGCCGGGGCGCGACGGAGGUGGUGGCGGCGGCGGCGGCGGCGGCGGCAGCUGGGGACAGUAGCCGCAUUGCGAAUGCAGGGCAGGCAAGACCCGUUUCGCUGCAAGAGCGGCGACCAGCCAUUGCGGGUGGUGGCGGCGGCGCCGGUGACAGCGAUGCUGAUGGCCAUGAUGGCGGCGACGGCAGUAGCAGCAGGAGCCAUCAGCAGCAGCAGCAACAGCAGCAGCAGCAGGAGCACGGCGACGCGGCCACUGCAACCACCACCACCACCACCGCAGCCGCUGCAACCGAGGGGUCUGCAGCUACGGCGGGCGGUGACGGCGGAGCCGCAGCAGCCCCGCCGGAGUCUGCUGCUGCCGCCGCUGGUGGCGCUGCCACUUCUCCGGCCGACACUGCUACUGCCGACACUGCUACUGCCGCCGUGGCCUCGGCGGGCUCACGCACCAGCCCUGCGGCUCCCGCGCCGGCCGCCCCUGCAGCGGCACGGCACCCCUCCCCCGCCCCCGCCACAACCUCCCCCAGCAGCCGCCGGGCCCUGUGGCGGCCGCCCCUUCCCGUGGCGCCGGCAGCAACACCGGCGGUAGCAGCCGCAGCAGCACCGGCUGUAGCAGCCACAGCAGCACCGGCAGUAGCACCGGCAGAAGCAGAGGCAGUAGCACCCCCGGCAUGUCAAGCUGCUCCUCCCCACCCGUCCCCUGCCACCCCCACCGGCACCCCGCGCCCCAUGGUACCCUCGCCCACUCCGCCAACACUCCCGUUACCAUCCCCGCCGCCGGCGGCGCCCUCCAGCCCUCCAUCACAGCAGCAGCAGCAGCAGCAGCAGCAGCAGCAGCAGCAGCAGCAGCAGCAGCAGCAGCAGCCCUACCAAAUCCCUUCCCCACCUCCCUCUUCCCCAGUCCUCCUUCCCCUGCCACAUCCUCCGUUUCCUCCUGCCCCUCCUUCUCCUCCUCCUCCGCGCCCCUCCACGCCUCCCCAGCCUUCACCUCCUUCCCCCCGCCCCCCAAGCUGGAACGCCCUCCCACACGCCGUGCUCGUUGACAUCGCGGCGCGUGCUACAGCCCCCGAGGCGCCGCAGCUACUGCCGCAGCGACUGCUCCGCGGCCCGCCGCCACACAUGCUACAGCCCUUGCCGGUGCCUUUGCCGGCAGCGGCGGCCGCGCUGGACGCCGCCCUUCUCGCCGUCAUGCCUCCUUCUGGCGGAGACAGCAGCAGUAGCGGCAGUACCAGCGGCAGUGGCAGUGGCAGUAGCAAUAGCAGUGGCGGCAGUAGCAGUAGCAGAAGCAGCCGCUCCCGCGCGCAGGCUGUGGCGGCGGCGGCAGCUGUAGCUGCGGCGGCAGCGCCGCCACCGCCUGCCGCCGCCACGCUGGCGGCUGUACGGCUGGUGUGUAGGCGGUGGCGGCGGGCGGCGGAUGAGGGGGUCACGGCGCUGUGUCCGGGGCAGUGGCCGCACCGCCUGUCGGGCCUGCAGCGCUUCCCUCGCCUCACCCGCCUAGACCUGGGGGCCCUCGGACCCGACCCCGCGCCCCUCAGCCGGGCAGCCGCCCUGCUGCGGCAGCUCGCCAUGCCGCCAACACCGCCGCCACCGUUGCCGCAUGCGCCCCAGCCGCAGCCGCCGCAGCCACUGCAACAGGCAGCCUCACCUCCCGCUCCCUCUCCCUCUCCCCGUCAGCCACAGUCGCUACUGACGCCACCAUCAGCAUCAUCGCCACCCGGCGGCAGCGGUAGCCACAAGCCACAGCCGCCGCCGCUACAGCCGGCGCCGCAGCUGCAGCUGCUACAGCCGCCACUGGCCGCGACGCUGCAGCACCUCACCCUCAGCAAGGAGUGCCUCGUGCCGACCGGCCGCCUGCUGUACGACCGCGUGCCACUGCUGUCCGGAUUAUCUGGAUCCAGCAGCAGCAGUGCCGCUGCUGGUGGAUCUGGAUCCAUUAUACGUGCAACCCUCUUGGUGCCCCCCGGCCUGGGGCAGCUCACGCAGCUGCGCAGCCUCGCCAUCCUUCGCGGCAGUAGCAGCACCGCCUUCGGCAGUAGCAGCGGCAGUAGCAGCAGCGGUGGCGGUGGCGGAGGCAGUAGCAGCAGUCGCCGCACGCACUACACGGGCGGCGCCUACCGAACCUGGCGGCCGAUGGUGGGCGGCGAGUGGCGGGCGGCGGUGGCGGCGGCGGCGCGGCACGCAUGUACGGAGUUUGGCAGCGGCAUUGCAGAUAGCGGUGGCUGGGCGGGCACUGGUAUCAGUGGCGAUAAUGACAGUGGCAGCAGCAGUGGCAGUAGCAGCAGUAGCAGCGGCAGUGAUAGCAGCAGCGGCAGCAUCGACCAAGAAGGGGGAAAUGGCGUGCGGAGCGGGUGGUGGCCACCACAGCGGGAAUGGCGGCGGCAGUCGGAGAAUGCAGGCAUGAGCGCACCGGCUGUAGCAGGAGCAAGGGCGGCAGUAGCAGCAGCCCCGGCGGGACCUGGCGGUGCAGAUGAGCACGGCGGGGGGCGGGGGGCAGGCGUGGUGGGCCCGGCAGCGGGGCGGUCCGCUGCAGCUGCCCAGACGGAGGGAGUAGAGGGGGCCGCAGCAGGGGAGGACUUUGGCGAGGAGGAGUGGCGCCGCCUGCAGCGCCGCCGCCGCCGUAGACGCCAGAGGCGGGACGUGCGGCGGGCGGCGGCAGUAGCAGCGGCGCAGGCCGAGAUGCUGCGCGCCAGCUGGCACCCGGUGGUGGUGCCGCCGGCGCCGGCUGUAGCAGACCUCGGGGAGGAAGACGUGGCGGGCGUGGCGGCGGCGGGCUGGCUACUGCCGCCGACAACAGCAGUGGGGAUGGAGGAGCAGCAGAGACGCCGCAGCUUUCAACAAAAGCGGCUGCCGGCGGCAGACGGCAGUAGCAGUUACAGCAGCUGCGCCUUGGUUCAGCCAAGCUCAGCUGGGGACUGGGCUGGCAGCGGCGGAGCGGCGAGGCAUCCUGAUGGUGUGGGUGGCAGCAGUAGCAGCGCUUCGGCGUCAGCGGCUUGGGUGGUGGCUGGGCGCACGCCGGGCUUGCCGCCACUCACGCCUGCUGCUACUGCCGCUGCUGGUGUGGGUGGCGGCGGGGCUCCUGCUGCUGCUGGUGCGACUGCUACUGCCGUGCUGUGCGGUGAGGACCUGGUCGUGCGGCUGAACCGCGAUGUGAGCUCGCUGGUGCAGCUGCAGGAGCUGGAGCUGUGGGAUGUGGAGGAGCCGCUGUGCCACUUCACUGCUACUGCCACUGACCCUGUUCCUGCCGCUGCCCCUGCUGCUGCCGCUGCCCCUGCUACUGCCACUGCUGUCGCCGCUGCUGUCACUGCCAACGCCUCUGCUGGGACUGGGCGCCAUAGCUUCAGCGGCAGGGGCCAGAGGAACGGUGGCAGCAGCAACAGCAGCAGUGCGAAAGGGGCUGGCAGCAACCCAACCCGAACCUCGACACCGCCAAUGGCACCCCUGCCCCACCUACGGCGCUUGGCCCUGCACGGCCCCACCUCCACUGCCUCAGCUGGCAGGCGCGGCAGCAGCAACCACGCGGGCAGUGGCAGCGGCAGUAGCAGCAGCAGCAUGGGGGGCGUGGCGGACACUGCCGCGGCGCUACAGCUGCUGCAGGGGCUGCGGGAGCUGGUGGUGGGUGAGGCGCGCCAGGAGCACCUGGCGGCUGUGGUGGCAGCGCAAAACGUUCACCAAUGGCUCCCUGCAAGCUCCGCGCCCGAUGCGAUUCGAACGCACGCGGGGAGACCCCACGGCCUUAGCAGGGCCGCGCCUUAACCACUCGGCCACAGGCGCAGUGCGGGCAGAAGCCCGCUGCUUCGGAAGGGAGUCCAUCGGGAAAAUGGAGUCGGAGGGCAUCGAUCCCCCUACCUCCCGCAGAUUGCAGGCGCUUUGCGUCAGAUGCGAAGCGGGCGCUCUACCAAUUGAGCUACGACCCCAAGACACCUUGUGUGUGAGGACAUGCACAUAAUCAAACUUCUCUCCAGCCGGUGGUGCAUGUGGUGAGGAGGCGGACCCGCAUGAGAACGCCCCAGAGCUCAUGGACUUUGGCAGGGGCCUAUGCUACCACUACAGCACUAGUGCAUGGCAGCGAGGGGACGCAAUGUGGACUAGACGGGAGAAGGGGGCGGCGCGGGGUCAGGGGCGGACGAGGCGCAAGUGUGUGUGGGAGGGGAGCGCGGGGGCCUACAUGGGGGCGGCCUAUGAGACCUGUGUUUACCACAGGCACCCCUGAGUCGCAAAAACGCCGUCACGGGGAAUCGAACCCCGGCCUCCCGCGGGCUGAGGAAUGACAGGCGGGGAUACUAACCACUAUACGAUGACGACCCCCUGACCUCGGACCAGCCGAGCUGUCAGUGUUGCACAAAGUGCUUUCGCUACCGGGACUCGAACCCGGGUCUCAGGAGUGAGAAUCCUGUAUCCUGACCGCCUAGACUAUAGCGAAUUGGAUCCAGAUCUGGAUCCUGGAUGUUAAUUAUGCAAUAGUGAGCAUAUAGAAGAAGAUUACACUAGAGAAGGGUCCUGUAAAUUUGUUGGGAACCGACGAGGACCGGCGGGCACGAGGUGCGGGUGUGUGAUGGGACAGGGUUCAAGGCAGGUUGGCGAGGUCCCGUAGGGUGCAGCCGAUGCCCAGACCCGUAAGCAGACAGCAAACAGUUUGCAGUGGCAGAGCAGAAGUGCAUGGCUGGUCGAACGCCGGCGUUACUGUACCGACAAGUUGCUGGCUGGCUGGAAGUUUGCUGAUGCGCAUUCCUCACGCUCCGGGCACGAGGUGCGGGUGUGUGAUGGGACAGGGUUCAGGCAGGUUGGCGAGGUCCCAUAGGGUGCAGCUGACGCCCAUACCCCAAGCAGACAGCAAACAGUUUGCAGCGGCAGAGCAGGAGUGCAUGGCUGGUCGAACGCCGGAGUUACUGUACCGACAAGUGCGGGCUGAGGUGCGGGUAGCGGGACCGACCUGGGGUGGUGGUGCGGCCGGCCGGCCCACUUAGAGUGGCUGGGGAGGCCUGUGGAAAGGCGGAAUGCGCACAUUGUCAGUUUGGGGAUGAUACCACAGUAACAGUCUUAGUGGUGCGUCAGACGCACCUUACAAGGGCAGAGUACACUGCCAAGGGCGAAGGGCAGAGAGGGCUAGGGGCGCCAGCGCGUGAGGCGACCAUGGGAGGUGUGUUGGAGGCAGCCUGUAAGGCUGUAACGGA